ACUUCUGCAAUAACUUUUUACUAAACUUACGAGCAGAGGAACGAAGAAGGAUUCCUUCAACCAACAUUUGAAUUAUGGUGGCAUUUUAAGAUCCAGACGACUGGCAGAGGCAGAAUCAACACAGAAGGAAAUCAUCUAAUCAUGGGAAGCAAAGAAAGGUAUCAUUGGCAGAGCCAAAAUGUCAAGCAAAGUGGAGUUGAUGAUAUGGUGCUCCUUUCCAAAAUCACAGAGGAUGCUAUAGUGGAGAACCUCAAAAAAAGAUACAUGGAUGACUACAUUUUUACAUACAUAGGUUCCGUACUUAUUUCAGUUAAUCCAUUUAAGAAGAUGCCCUAUUUUACAGACCGAGAAGUUGAAUUAUAUCAAGGGGCUGCUCAGUAUGAGAAUCCUCCACAUAUCUAUGCAUUAACAGAUAACAUGUAUCGCAAUAUGCUGAUUGAUGGUGAGAACCAGUGCGUCAUCAUCAGUGGUGAAAGCGGUGCAGGAAAAACAGUGGCUGCUAAAUACAUCAUGGGCUAUAUAUCCAAAGUAUCAGGAGGAGGUGGAAAAGUACAGCAUGUUAAAGACAUAAUCCUUCAAUCGAAUCCUCUCCUUGAAGCCUUUGGCAAUGGCAAAACGGUCCGAAACAACAAUUCAAGUCGAUUUGGUAAAUACUUUGAGAUACAGUUCAGCCGUGGGGGAGAGCCUGAUGGAGGUAAAAUAUCAAACUUUCUUCUGGAAAAAUCGCGCGUUGUCAAUCAGAAUGAGAAUGAGCGCAACUUUCAUAUCUUUUAUCAGCUAAUAGAGGGAGCAUCACAAGAACAAAAGCAAAAUCUUGGCAUCAUGACCCCUGAUUACUAUUUAUACUUGAAUAAUUCAGAAACCUAUAAAGUUGAAGGAACCGAUGAUAGGAAUGAUUUCUGUGAAACAAUGAAUGCCAUGCAAGUCAUAGGUAUUUCAUGUGAAGUGCAGCAACUGGUCCUACAAAUAUCAGCAGGAAUCUUGCAUCUUGGGAAUAUCAGCUUUCAAGAGCAGGGGAAUUAUGCUAUGGUAGAGUGCACAGACCUCUUGGACUUUCCUGCCUAUUUGCUUGGCAUAGAAAAGGAUCGCCUCAAUAACAAACUAACCAGCCGCAAGAUGGAUAGCAAAUGGGGAGGACGGUCUGAAUCUAUCACUGUCACCUUAAAUGUGGAGCAAGCAACAUAUACAAAGGAUGCUUUGUCAAAAGCUCUGUAUGCGAGGGUAUUUGAUUUUCUGGUUGAGUCUAUUAACAAGGCCAUGCAAAAACCGAAUGAAGAAUACAGCAUCGGGGUGCUGGAUAUAUAUGGGUUUGAGAUAUUCCAGAAAAAUGGCUUUGAACAAUUCUGUAUAAACUUUGUGAAUGAAAAACUGCAGCAGAUCUUCAUUGAGCUGACAUUAAAGGCUGAGCAGGAAGAAUAUGUUGCAGAAGGGAUAAAAUGGACGCCUAUUCAGUACUUUAACAACAAAGUGGUUUGUGAUCUCAUUGAGAACAAGCUGAAUCCUCCAGGUAUAAUGAGUGUACUGGACGACGUGUGUGCCACUAUGCAUGCCACAGGUGGAGGUGCAGACCAAACCUUAUUACAGAAACUCCAGGCAGCUGUAGGUACUCAUGAACACUUUAACAACUGGAAUUCCGGCUUUGUUAUCCACCACUAUGCUGGGAAGGUUUCAUACGAUGUUGAUGGAUUCUGCGAGAGGAAUCGAGAUGUUCUUUUCAUAGACCUCAUCGAACUGAUGCAGAGCAGUGAGUACCAGUUCAUACAGAGCCUCUUCCCAGAGAAAUUAGAUUCAGAUAAGAAAAGCAGACCAACAACAGUGGGCUCAAAAAUCAAGAAACAAGCCAAUGACCUUGUAAACACCCUGAUGAAAUGCACACCUCAUUAUAUCAGAUGUAUCAAACCAAAUGAAACUAAAAGGCCUAAAGACUGGGAGGAAAGCAGAGUCAAACAUCAAGUAGAAUAUCUGGGUCUGAAAGAAAACAUCCGUGUACGUCGCGCUGGCUUUGCUUAUCGAAGAGUUUUUAACAAAUUUUUACAAAGGUACGCCAUCCUGACACCAGAAACAUGGCCUAAGUGGAGAGGAGAUGAGCGACAAGGAGUACAGCAUCUCUUGAGAUCUGUGAAUAUGGAUGCUGAUCAGUACCAAAUGGGGAAAACCAAAGUGUUUGUAAAGAAUCCAGAAUCGUUGUUCUUAUUGGAGGAAAUGAGAGAAAGGAAGUUUGAUUCCUUUGCCAGAACUAUCCAGAAAGCUUGGAGGAGAUACAUUGCUAAGAGAAAAUAUGAGCAGAUGCGAGAAGAAGCCUCCAACAUUUUAUAUGGACUUAAAGAACGUCGCAGAAAUAGCAUUAAUCGCAACUUUGUUGGUGACUAUCUGGGCAUGGAAGAUAAACCUGAGCUCCGACAAUUUAUGAAUAAGCGGGAAAGGAUAGACUUUGCUGAUUCUAUCAACAAAUAUGACAGACGGUUUAAGUCAAUCAAGAGAGAUCUAAUCACCACUCCCAAAUACAUCUACUUGAUUGGGCGUGAGAAAGUCAAGAAGGGACCAGAAAAAGGCCAGAUAAAGGAGGUGCUGAAGAAGAAACUUGAAAUUCCUUCUGUUAAGAGUAUUUCUCUAAGCACACGCCAGGAUGACUUUUUAAUUUUACAUGAGGCAGAUCAUGACACCCUUCUAGAAUCCAUGUUCAAAACAGAACUUAUUAGUCUAUUGUGCAAAAGAUAUGAAGAGAUCACCAAGCGUAAACUAGCGCUGAACUUCACAGACACACUACAGCUUAGAGUAAAGAAAGAAGGCUGGGGAGGAGGAGGCACUCGAACCAUUACAUUCCUGAGGGGACAAGGAGAUAUUGCACAGCUUAAACCUGGAGCAAAAACACUGACAAUCAGUGUUGGGGAUGGGCUGCCCAAAAAUUCCAAACCUACAAGAAAGGAAAGACUCCAAAACCGUGGACACAGACAACCUCCAAAUCGUCCAGCUCCUUCACCUCCAGGAUUUAAUAGAAAUGGGGCUGCCCAGUUCAGUGCAGAAAAAACAAGAAACCCAACUUACACUCAAGCCAGGAAACAAACUAGAGCUCCACCUACAGCUGCUAUACCUCGACAGAUUGCCAUAAUGAAAAGCCGUACUCCCUCUGACAACAAUUUGGAGUUCCUUAAUGUACCAGACCAAGGUGUAGCUGGGGCACAGAGGAGAAAAAGUGUCACUCAGAGACCACCACCGGGAGUAGGUCGGCCUAAACCACAGGUUAAGACUGGGGGCCCUCGCUGUAGAGCCAUUUACCAAUACAUUGGACAAGAUAUCGAUGAACUUAGCUUUAAUGUUAAUGAGGUCAUUGACAUUCUGCUUGAAGAUCCUUCUGGCUGGUGGAAGGGAAGACUUCACGGGAAAGAAGGGUUGUUUCCUGGAAAUUAUGUGCAGAAAAUAUAAUACCAAAUAUUUCAACAAAAUACAUACUAAAAAAAUACCUAGAAUGAAUUAGCAAUGCAUCAUUUUGUUCGCUUUACCCAAACAGGUCAAUUUACACACUGUAUAUAAUUUUAAAGAGAAAUAAAUAAGCAAUGCACUAGAA